UACGAAAACAUCCAAAAAAAUUGUCAAAACUCGUCAAAGAAGUUGAAUUUUCACUAUUUAAUUAUACUACAAUAGAUUAAUAGACAACAAAUAAGCAAAAACAUCCACUGAAACACGAUCUUCGAGAGAAACAACGAGAAAUCUCGUAAUACCAUCAAAUGGAUAGAAUUUGAGUCGAAUUAAGGUAUUUUUUACAAAAAAGAAGACAUCAUCAAAAGUUUUGCACAAUAAAUUAUAAUGGAAAACGGAAAUGCAUCACAGAAGAGGAACAUUGAUAUUUGGCAGCAACAAAUUCCACCAAAUGAUCAAAACAAGCAAUUCUAUCAGAAUCAUUAUCAACCAAUGCAACAUGGUUUUGACUUACAACGUGAAAUAACCCAACCCACUACACCCGAGAAUGUGCACUUUUUGCGAGAUAACAAUGGACCAUACGUAAAAAUCUAUUAUAGCGAUAGUAAUAAGGAAUACGAGUUAUUUGAUCGUAAUCAGCAAGAAAAUCUAGUGUUUAUGAAUAAUAUGGAUAUGUUCAAUAACUAUAUACCCAAUACUCAGACUAAUCAAAUGCCAUUUCAACCGAUGAUGAUGAAUAAUCAAGCUCCUAAACAUCCAGCGAGCAGCCACAAUAACAACAAUAAUAAUAAUAGUGUAAUUCAUCAUUUAGUAACAUCCAAUCUUGGCCCAGGAAAGUUUGAAUUCGGAACAUUUGGUGGACAUAACAGCAAUCCAACUACAAACGCCUCAAACAGCACAUUCUCCACCGCUCCACUAAACAUUUCAAUUCCUCAUUUGGACUCAUCUUCCUACAAUAAUAAUAUUAAUAACAACAUUGAGAAUGGAGCUUCCACUGCUGAUUCGUCUCCCAUCGCUAACAUGACAUCAAUGCAAUCUCCAAUAAUUUCUACUUCCGCUCAAGAUGUCAGCAGUUCCAAUAAUAAUGCUUCUAGUUCCAACAGCAAUAAGAAACAAAGAAUUGUCGCGGAAGUGAAGCCAAUGAGAAUGUCCUAUUCGGAUGUUGUAAGUAAGAAUGCAGUUCCAACGACAAGUACCUCAAUCGGUCAAACAAAUUCUGCCUCGAGCAGUCCAAACACAACAAUGCCUAUAAAUAACAAUAAUAAUAAAGGAACUAAAGUGAAAUAUACAGCAUCAAAUAGUUUCGAAAAGAAGCAGCAAGAAAAUGUCGAUAAAAAUCGCAAAAGCCCCACAAAUCCAAUAAUUACAAACAAUGCAACAAAUGCUGAGGUAAAGAAGAAUUCACACCCAGUCGUUGUUAAGGCAGAAAAGCCCAUAAUAGCAACAACGGUCCAAAAUCAAUCACAAUGUAAUAACGGUAAGAAAAAGAAGCAACAAUCUAAAGAUUCGGUCAAUAUAAAAUCAUCAAAGAAUCUUAAUGAUGCAAAUGCUAAAAAUCAGGAGAAAUAUACAACAGAUUCCGAGGACGAGAAUGACUACGAAGACGAAAAUUCGAGUAUGAUUGAUUCCGAUAAUGACGAAGAUAAUGCAACAUUAUCGUCAGAUUAUUAUGACAUUCGAAAGAAUGUCUAUCAAGGUGAACAUCAUAAAGUAGAGAAAAUUAAAGGUUCUGGAUAUAAUAAAAAGAAUAGCAAGCAAGCACAAUCGCCAAUAACGUUGAAUUCGGCAACGAAGAAAAUUGACAGAGGUCAAAAACGAAUGUCUGGUAAAGCAGCAGUUAAUCGAAAGCCCAAACACGAGUUCCUACAGAAAUUAUUUGCAUCAUGCGUUGAGUAUUUGUACAUCUUUGUCAAGUGGCUUUGGAUGUUAAUUUACGAUGUCAGCUAUCUUAGUUUCGGUAUCAUUUGGGAUCGUCUGAAUUGGACGUAUCAAUGCGGUCUUUGUGGUGUGUCGUAUAUACGGAGAGAAUUAAGUAGUAACCCUGGAAAAGCUCUUAUCGUAUGGAUUAAAAAUAUAUGGAAACGGUUUGAUAAUAAGUUUGAUAAAAAAUCAAAAUGGGCAUUUUGGCGAUGGUUAUUCAAAAAGCAAUCAAAUAGUGACAAUGCUAAAGAUAAUUACAAGGAUGGAAAACUGCCUAAAACUGCUGAGGAAGCCAUGAAAUCAUUAUUAAAUUGUAAAGAAAAGGAUGCUUAUAGUAUACUCGGCGUUAGUCCUGAUUGUCCACAAGAGCAAAUUAAGAAACAUUAUAAGAAAAUAGCUGUGUUAGUUCAUCCAGAUAAAAAUAAACAGGCCGGUGCUGAGGAAGCUUUUAAAGUGCUGCAACGUUCGUUUGAGUUAAUUGGGGAACCAGAGAGUCGUAAGCAAUACGACGAUAAUCUAGCAAAAGCAUUACACACCGAAAAGGCUUUCAAUGAAUUAAACGAUCUCCUUAUUCAGCUACAAACGAAAAUUUCUGAAGCUGCCAAUACAAUUCGCUGUUCAUCAUGCUGCUUUAGACAUCCACGCAAACUGACAGGACGAAAGCCAUUUGCAGCACGAGAAUGUAGUACUUGCAAGAUUAGGCAUGCUGCACGCGAAGGUGACAUUUGGGCCGAAACGACAUUAUUUGGAUUACGUUGGAAAUAUUUGGCGCUGAUGGAAGGAAAUGUCUACGAUAUUACAGAAUGGGCACUUUGUCAACGCGGAGCUUUAUCGCAUCUUCAAGCCAACUCAUGUGUUGUUCAAUAUAAAAUUGUACUCGGUGGAAAUCAACAAAAUCAAACGCAAGCUGGUGAUAAGGAUAAGGAACGAUUUAUCAAAAAGGAUACUCCUGUUCAUGAACCACAAGAAGACUUCUUCCUGAACAACAUUUACGCAGGACAGAAUCCACAAACACCUCAUCAGAAUGCUAGACGACGCUUCAAGAAAUAAUCCAUACUCGAGCAGCAGCAACAACAACACUAAAAAAUCAAACGGAAUCAGUUUUUAAUGCUUAACAGCAGCAGUUUCAAUGUCUUGAGAUUGAUUUUAAUUUUUUUCUUUCCUUUUUUGAAGUAAUUAACAAGAAUUUAAGCAUUAAUUGAUAACAAUAUUGUUUUUUUGAGGAUUAAUGAAAUAAAAGAAAAUAUAGCAUAAGCAGCAUAAAGAUGAAAUUUA